AUGGGUGCAGCGGACUUUCGAGAGGGACAGCAGGACUUUGAGAUGGCCAUCUUAACGGCUUUACUUAAAGGCACAAAUGCCUCGGCCCCAGACCAGCUGAGCUUGGCUCUGGCCUGGAACAGAGUGGACAUAGCACGCAACCAAAUCUUUGUGUAUGGACACAACCUGCCACCUCCAAGUGCAGUAGCCAGUGCUACAGCCCCCACGGUGCAGUCCGUAAAGGAGAAGCCAAAGAGCGCCGCUGGAGGCCCUCAGGCCAAGAGUAGGAGCAGAGCCAAGAAGGGCAAGGGGGGCAAGGCAAAGGCAGAAGUUCCAGAAGAAACAGAUCCCAGAAAGUUGGAAUUACUCAACUGGGUGAACUCAUUGGAGCAGGCAAUGAUGGACGCACUGGUGUUGGACAGAGUAGACUUUGUCAAGCUGCUGAUUGAAAAUGGGGUCAACAUUCACCACUUCCUCACCAUCCCACGCCUGGAGGAGUUAUAUAACACAAAACUUGGGCCUGCCAACACGUUGAAUGCUAUAGUCCGGGAAGUUAAAAAAGGGAACCUCCCACCAGACUAUCAGAUUACACUGAUUGACAUAGGCCUGGUGGUAGAGUACCUAAUGGGUGGAGCCUACCGCUGUAACUACACAAGGAAAAGCUUCCGUUCCCUCUACAACAACCUUUAUGGCCUUAAAAGGGAUGAUGAACCAAGACCGAAAGGUAAGAAGCGAAAGAAAAAAAAAGAGGAGGAGGUAGAUAUUGAUGUGGAUGACCCUGAGGUCAGCCGUUUCCAUUACCCAUUCCAUGAGCUGAUAGUGUGGGCAGUGCUAAUGAGGAGGCAAAAGAUGGCACUUUUCCUGUGGCAGAGAGGAGAGGAGGCCAUGGCUAAGGCAUUGGUAGCAUGCAAGCUCUACAAAGCUAUGGCCCAUGAGUCCUCAGUGAGUGAGUUGGUGGAUGACAUUUCUCAGGAUCUGGAUAACAGCUCCAAGGAAUUUGGAACUUUGGCAUAUGAGCUUCUGGACCAGGCCUACAAACAUGAUGAGCAGGUGGCCAUGAAACUGCUGACUUAUGAGCUUAAGAACUGGAGCAAGUCCACCUGUCUGAAGUUGGCUGUAGCUGCCAAGCACAGAGACUUCAUCGCCCACACCUGCAGCCAGAUGCUCCUCACUGACAUGUGGAUGGGCUGCCUGAGGGUUGGCAAAAACCCUGGACUCAAGGUGAUUGCUGGCAUCAUUGUCCCUCCCUCUAUCCUGCUGCUGGAUUUCCGUCUGGGUGAUGACGCACACCAAGAUGAUAAUGAGGAUAGCAAGGAAAAGGACGAUGACAACAAAUCCAGCAGGGAUGCCAAUGCAGACACACACUCUAAGAAAGGUGAUGAAGAAGAAGGCAGCAAGAAACUGAAGCGGGUACCCAUCGGAAGGAAGAUCUAUGAGUUCUACAAUGCUCCUUUCACCAAGUUUUGGUUUAACACUAUAUCCUACCUUGUGUAUCUCAUGCUGUACAAUUACAUUGUCCUGGUGAAGAUGGAACGCUGGCCAUCACAACAAGAGUGGCUAGUUAUCUCAUACAUACUGACACUGGGCUUAGAGAAAGUUAGACAGAUCCUGAUGUCAGAGCCUGGUAAGCUGAGGCAGAAGAUCAGCGUGUGGCUGGAGGAGUACUGGAACAUCACUGACCUGGUGGCCAUCUCUACGUUCAUGCUUGGUCUUCUCCUCAGACUGCAGCCUGAACCAUAUAUGGGCUAUGGCAGGGUUAUCUACUGCGUGGACAUCAUCUUCUGGUACAUUCGUGUGCUCGAUAUUUUUGGUGUCAACAAGUACCUCGGACCUUACGUCAUGAUGAUUGGAAAAAUGGUAAGAAAUGUUAGAUACAAUGCAAAUUGAUACUAUUGGUUUAAGGUGCUGUGCUUUUGGCAUUUGGAUUAUUCUAGCAGGCCUCAGCAGGUCAUUCCACCUUAGACUUUCUAUUUUCUAUUUAAAUGUUAAACUUUAGACCCGUGAGAAGUUACAUGAUUAAUUUUUCAAAGAAAGAGUAAAAAACAGGUUUGUCUGACUGUACUCACCUUAUACCCUGUGCUGUUGUGUUUUUCAGAUGAUUGACAUGCUGUACUUUGUGGUGAUCAUGCUGGUGGUUCUGAUGAGUUUUGGUGUAGCACGGCAGGCCAUCCUGCACCCUGAUGAAGAGCCUACCUGGCGCCUGGCCCGGAACAUCUUCUACAUGCCUUACUGGAUGAUCUACGGAGAGGUGUUUGCGGAUUCAAUAGACCGUAAGACUAGAAUUGAUAGUAAGAUUCUUUUUCCUGCCUCCAGGGUAGACAUUCAGUCCCAUUAGCAUGU